UGCUGGUUGUGGUUGUGGUCGUGGUCGUUGUUGGGGAUGGAAAUGGAGAAGGCGAGAAAGAGUGAGGAGGGCGAGAAGAUAUGCAAGAGAUGCAAACAAAGUUACAGUCCAUCCUCCAACACCACAUCCUCAUGCCGCUUCCAUCCUUCUUUCUUCGUCUGUCGCCGUCAUGACGACCAGAAAAGGUACUAUGAAUUGGGACCUGAAGAUCCGCCAUAUGCUGCCAAGUUCUAUGAUUGUUGUGGGGCUGAGGAUCCUGAGGCUUCUGGUUGCACCACCAGUUUCCAUGUUUCUUAUGAUGAUGAUUGAUGUAAUUUGUGUGGUCUAUUUAGGCAUAUAUAGGUUGAUCAAGGAGUAGCUUGUUGUCCAGCAUAUAGCAUGUGGCUCUCUGUUUGAGUUGGGAGUCUUGAGGUGGGAAUUUAGGCAUGGGUGAAAUGAAGCUUACUGCUGACUGCAUGCUGCCACAAGCUAAGGUUCAUUAUUUAGGAUAAGAGGCAUGAAUUGUUGCACAUAAGAUAUCAGAAUGGUGCUGCAUUACUAAUUUAUUCGGGUUUGGGAAUCAAAGCUGGCAAAGGGAAGGAGUAUAUACUAAAUUGUCAUGCAAUUAAGAUGCUUCAUUAAUACAGAUUGUUACAGCUCAGUCCAUAAUUCAUACAUCAGCUGACUCAGGACUUGAGUAGUUCAUGCUCAUACUAGGUUCUUCUUGUCCUUAUUUUGCAAUUUUCACAUCUGGUUUCUGUUUGCUGCAUUUUCCGCCCUUCAUGGGUGAUGGUAGUUUUAGCUUUCUUUUAUCGGAAAUUCUACUAUGUACAAACUGGUAGUGUAUUGUGGAGUCUGGUCUCUUGUUUCAUACACAUUAUGGA